CACAAUUCAUUACGAACCGAGUUCGCAGGUUUCGCGGUGGCAAUCAGUGUCUGCCGGGCAGUGAUUUCGGUUCUGCCUCGUAAGUAACGCAGGGUCAAGUGGGCUUGUCGCAGGGGAGUCGUCACAGAGUUUUCUUCUCACACGGAGGAGAGACAGGACCGCAGCCCGUCCGGGGAGCCGCGACCGCGAGUUUACUCCAUAGGCGACGCAUUCACAGAGCCGCCUCUCCCGUGUGAAAUCGUCUACAACGGUUCAUAACGGUCAGAAAGACCGAAAAGACUGUAUGAGGUAACGGGAAGAAAAUAUCGCCGUUCCCGGUCAGGCUCGGCCCGGGCCAGUGAAGGUGCGCGGACACCCGGAGCUCCGAGGGCGUUUCGUGGUCUCCGGGCUUGACGACUGCCGUGCCUGUGAGCCACCAGUAAUUCAGGACCUUCCGCGUUCCUCACCCUCCCCUCCUUGGAACAGCGAAAACCGCAUGAGAAGGCUGAACUAGAAGAACGAGAAAACGAGCCUCAGCACAACGUCCUGGGGAGGAUGCAGAGACGGGAGGACUGAGAGACACUGUGAAAGGAAGAUGUCCUCUUUUCUCAGCAAGCUGGGUUCUGAGAUGGACUGGCUGCAGAUGCUCAGGAACACCUCUGUCCUUGUGGGGACCGGGACUGAAUCAGUGAGUGACCACCGGGGGGCGCUCUGGAGCCUGCACUGGCUCUGGGGACAGGGGGACAGGGAGAGAGGAAGGACGGGGGGCGGGCCCUCCUCUGUGCCCUAUUCCUACCAGGUGUCCCACCUGUUCGUGGGGCUCACCCUCCCCCUGUCCCUGUCCCUGCUCUUCCUGCUGGGCAUCUUCAACAUCCUGAUCCUCUGCAACCUGCGGAGCAGCAGGGCCGGCCUCAGGCCCCCUGGGGGCCGCGUCUCCGGGCCCACCGCUCGGGCGCUGGUCUCCAUGGGGGUGGCAGACACCGCCCUGUGCAUGACCGCGGCGCCCACUGUGCUGCUGUCCGACCUGGGGGUCCCAUUCCCCUUCUACCCCUGCCUGCUGCUGAGCUGCACCGUCCUGGGCUGGGCCAUGGUGUCCUCCUUUCACCACGUGCUCAUGGCGUACUACCGCUGGAAGCUGAUCACGCAGCCGCACAGCAGUCGGGGUAGACAAGCGUGGAGCUCCUCCCUGUUCCCUCUGUCUUUGUGCUGGGUGGCUGGCGUUGCCAUCAGCUGCCUGCCUUACCUGGGCUACAACAACUACCCCAAUCUACAGGCCGCCUCCUACAGCGCUGCAGCCAAUCACAGCCCUGGAGUCAACCUGAGCUCCCUCACUCACCCAGCCAAUCACAGCCCCGCACCCAGUCAUAUUUCCGCCACUACAGCCAAUCACAGCCCUGGAGUCAACCUGAGCUCACUCACUCACCCAGCCAAUCACAGCCCCACACUCAGCUAUGUUCCCGCCACUACAGCCAAUCACAGUCCUGGGCUCACUUACACCACCACUUCUGCAGCCAAUCAGAACCCCGCAGGCAGACAGAUUCCCUUCAGCGCAACACCUUACGUCUCGGAAGAUGCACUGAAAGAAUAUGCUUUCCAAAGCGUGCCAGCACGCACCUACUCUGCAUCACCGAACAACCCCAGAGUCCCCUUCAUGAAGGAUCUGUUAGCGUUCACUGUUCCCAGUUUGACCACUCCCAUCUCUCCAUCUGUUCACCGAUGGCCUAACUCUGCUGUGAAUUCCAGUAAGAGAGCAUCCCCUGGUCACACACCUGGAGCUCCACAGCAGCCUCCUGCCUCCUCACACAGCGAUAGAGUUUGCUGUCCUAGGCCUGUUAACAUCCAUCCUCAGACUAAGCCUUUCGUAUCCACCUGGAGUGCACCAGUGACUGACCACAGUUCCAGGGGGGUGUACAGGAAGCCAGCCCUACCCCACCAACACUCCCCGCAGCCAGUCAGCGACAGAGAUGUCGAAGCCUUCUCUCUUCUCACUGACACGCCCUCAGCCAGGUAUAGCUCUCUUUCGGGGCACAGGGUCACGUCAAGGCAAGUCCAGAACCCUGGGCCGGUCAAUGGGGCCAAGACUCCACAGUCUGCAGCAGCCAUUGGGCCUGGAAGCAGUCAAGGUGGUAUCAAACCAGCCGGACUCGGUGUCCUCCCCCCCGAGUACCAGCCGAUGGCGUCAGACCUCCGCCAGGAGAGUCACAUGAUCCCCCAGGGCAACCGCGACGGACUCGCCUUCACUACCGAGACCCCUGCCUCCGACAGCACGCCCACAACCCCCGGAGAGUCACUCUCGAGUUUGCAGCAGAUGGAGAAGGACCCCGGGCGACCUCUGACCUCGCCGCACCACCUGAAGCCAUAUUUCCCGCUGCCACGUGCCCUGAAAACCCCCACCUUGGAGUGCGCUGGCAGCCCCAGCUCCUGCCGGGUCCCCUGCAUCUACCAGAACGUCUUGUCCCUCACCUACCUCACCUACGUCGUCUUCCUGUGCGGGGUGACUCUGCCCCUGGGCGUGACCUGCCUCCUCUACUGCCUGGCCUUCCGGGCCAUCCGGGCGCACUGCCGCGGCCGGGCCCUCCUCUCGCCCCCCGCCUCCUCCGCCCCCCGCGCGCCCUCCCACAAUUCCCUGUUCUACCUCCGGCAGAGGCGCGUGGCCAGGCUGACGGCGCUGCUCUUCGGCCUGUACGUCCUGUCGCGCCUGCCCUUCAACCUGCUGAACGCUGUCAUGCUGCUGUGCCCCUCCUGCCCCGUGCCGUACUGGGCGCCCCCGCUGGCGAUCCUGUGCGCCGUCUUCAGCGCCGCCUCCAACCCCCUCAUCUACCUGGUGAGGGGCGAGGGGAAGCUGGCCAAGGUGCUGAGGCAGGCCCUGUCGCCGAACCAACACUAGGGGGCUUUAUUCCGAAAAAACACACAUCU